AUGGGAGCUACCGCAUCGAAACCGGAAGAUGUCGUUGUCGAGGAGGGGACAUCGGAUGAUGGUAACGACACUGAUUGCUCGGGAGAAAAGAAUCAGGACAGCAAGGGCAUCCCGGAGUCACAACGUGGGCUGGAACCGGAAGGUCGGUUCUUGUUCGAGUUGUCGUCUGACGACGAUGACAGUGACAUGUAUCCUGGCGAAGACGAUUUCCCAAAAAGUGGAGUUCGCCUCUCUCAUCUGGCUGAGUUCAUCGAGGCCUGUGGUGGAAAGCAAGAGCUGGAAGGCAUGACCACAACCGAUAUCUGCGAGAAAUUCGUCAAACCAUGGACAGAGGAAACGCAAACUUCUUUUUGUGACUGGUUGAGCAUAAAUGAACAUCCUGCAGUCGGGAAGGCCAAUGUAUUUAUCAGCCAUGCUUGGAAGUGCAAGUUCUUGGACGUUAUGGACGCUGUGGUAACUCAUAUGGAACAACGGUCCAAUAUCAAGAAUGAUGACCCCAUCAUCUGGUUCUGUCUUUUCUCAAACAAUCAACACGCAGCAAAAGUCUUAGACUUUGAAUGGUUCCAUUAUAGCUUCAAAUCAGCUGUAGAAGAAAUUGGGCAUACAGUCAUGGUGCUCAGUCCAUGGAAUGACCCACUACCAUUUCAACGAGCAUGGUGUAUCUGGGAAGUCUACUGCAGUGCUACCCGAGACUGCCCCUUUGAGAUUGCAAUGAGUGAAACAGAUCGUCUUCAAUUUCUGAAUGAUGUUACUCAUGAUACCAAUGGUGCUAUGAAUCGAAUGUUGGCCACUGUUCGUGCUGAGCAAAGCCAGUGCUUCCUCGAUGAGGACCGCGCAAUGAUAUUUGAGGCUACAGAGCAGACGAUUGGCUUUUCCAAGAUUAAUUCUAUGGUCUUUGAACGGUAUCGCUCGUGGGCCAAUGAAGUAUCAACGGAUGCCAUGUUGAAAUCCAUGUCAACUCUAGGUCUGCUUUAUCAAGGGCAGGGUCAUUAUGACAAGGCAUCACAUUUCUUACAGGAUUGCGUGGGAAAGGCAACCAAAGAUCUCGGGCAAACCCAUCCUCACACGCUCAAGUGCACCAACGACCUUGCAUGUGUCUACAUGGAUCAAGGAAGAUACGGUGACUCCAAAGAUCUGUGCCCAGAGCUACAACCUUCAAGCAGAGUAUCUUUUGAAGCAGUGCCUGGCAAAGAGGACAGUCCUUCUUGGGGGGGGGACCAUCCGGAGACGCUGGCUUCCAUGAACAGGCUGGGUGCGGUGUACAUGAGAUUAAAAAAGUACGAUUUAGCCAAAAGGACAUUUCAAGAUUGCCUAGAACGAAGGCAGUCCGUGCUCGGGGAAAAUCAUCCAGACACGUUGUCAUCUGUCAACAACUUGGCAGUUUUGUACAUGCGACAAGGAGAGAACAACACAGCUCUUGUUCUUCUAGAGCAAUGUUUGUCAAAGCGACAAGAGAUUCUCGGAGAGGACCAUCCCGAUACCCUCACUCUAUUGAACAAUGUCGCAUCGCUGAACGCAGAGCAAGGGGACUUUGAAAAGGCAGCCAUGCUCUUGGACGCUUGCUGCGAAAAGAGAAAGGCUAUUCUAGGAGAGGCGCAUCCGGACACACGGGCAGCUACUGACAACCUAGAGUUCCUGUCCCGCCGGCAAGAAGGCAACGUUGGCGACUCGGGCUCUGUCUCCUAUACUGUCGAGGAAAAGGGGCUUGACAACGUCUCUGUUUGCUCGGUUAUCAAAUCUGUAUGUUCGGUUGUGAGAGUUGGCAGUAACGCUGGCUCGGUUGUGAGAGUUGGCAGUACAACUACUGGGUCGGUUGUGAGAAUGGCCAGUAGCGUAAAGAACGACAACAGCAGCGUUGUCUCCGGCCUGAGAAAUACUGGUGGAGGUGGAAGUGUGGUAUCUGGCCUGAGGAAUGGUAGCGCUUUCUCUGGUCAGAGGAACGACAAUAGUGUGGUCUCUGGUCUGAGGAAUAGGGGUGGCAGCGUGGUCUCUGGUCUUCGAAGUGGCAUUGGCAGCGUAUACUCUGGGCUUAGAAACAAGGCAGUGAACCAUGAUACGCCGAAUCAAACAGUCCCUGUGCCAGCAGAGAUUCAAAUUUCAGUUGCAGAGGAAGGGGCAGAAGAUAUGAGCGGAGGCGAAGACCCACCAGCUGAAGCAGCACAAGAAGCAGAUGAUUCCGAGAAGCAACAGCGCAAAAAGAAGCCUAUUCAUUGGAUGAUGAAACGAAUAAAAGGUAAAUGA